AUGGGAUCACCAUUGGAGCCAGUUUCAUGUCCCAGAAAAACCCCAUUUAGAAUAGAAACCAAGAACUUAUCAUGCAGAUUGCGCAGCCAGCUUGAUGAGUUCAGAAGUCUGUUUUUUGGUUCAAGUCCAAGGAGCAGUGCUAAGCUGAUCUUAAAAGAUGUAAAUUGUGAGGCCAAACCUGGAGAACUCACAGUUAUUGCUGGUCCUAGUGGAGCUGGAAAGACCACACUGCUAGAGAUUCUUGCAGGGAGAGUAUCCCUAUGUGAGGUUUCAGGGCAAGUUCUUGUCAAUCAUAGGCCCAUGGACUUAAAGCAAUUCAGAAGAACAUGUGGGUAUGUCACACAAGAAGAUACAUUGUUCCCUUCGCUUACAGUUAGAGAAACACUCAUGUAUAGUGCACUUCUGAGGCUUCCUGGGGGGAGAAAAGUGGCUGCUGCAAGAGUUGCAGGGUUGAUGAAGGAGCUUGGGUUGGAUCACAUUGCAGAUUCAAGAAUUGGUACUGGUCGUGGUGGAUCAUCAGACCAAGGUAUAUCAGGUGGGGAAAGGCGAAGAGUUUCCAUCGGAGUUGAUUUGGUUCAUGACCCUGCAGUUAUUUUGAUUGAUGAACCAACUUCAGGGUUGGAUUCAGCAUCUGCGCUGAACAUAGUCUCAAUGCUUAGAUUAAUGGCAUUUAAUCAAGGUAAGACUAUCGUUUUAACCAUUCACCAACCUGGGUUUCGGAUUUUACAGCUGGUUGAUCAUCUUGUUCUGCUCUCGGAUGGAUUUGUCAUGCAUAAUGGGUCACUGAAUCUUCUUGAGGCUAGGCUCAAGUUGGCUGGGCAUCAUAUUCCACAUCAUGUCAAUGUCCUUGAAUUUGCCCUUGAUGUCAUGGGAUGCUUGGUGAUACAAACUUCAGAAUCUAGGAACAAUCAACUUCUUCUCAGAGACAGGGAGGAACAAGUUUGUAAAAUGAGAAUGCCGUGCUCAUUGUAUGUCAGAGAAAAGGCUGUUCAGUACCCAAAUUCUCCAGUGGAGGAGAUUCUAAUCCUAGGACAAAGGUUUUGCUGCAACAUAUUCAGAACCAAGCAACUGUUCGUCACCAGAGUCAUACAAGCCUUAGUAGCUGGAUUUAUACUAGGGACUAUAUUUUUUAAUGUUGGCAACCGAGAAGGCCAAGUUGCCUUACAGACACGAAGUGGAUUUUUUGCUUUCAGCCUUACCUUUUUGUUAUCUUCGACAACAGAAGGCCUGCCUAUUUUCUUGCAAGAGAAAAGGACUUUGAUGAAAGAGACCUCAAGAGGAGCUUAUAGAGUAUCUUCAUAUGUUCUAGCAAACACACUAGUGUUUCUUCCUUUCCUUUUGAUGGUUGGUCUUCUAUAUUCUACUCCAGUUUAUUGGCUGGUAGGUUUAAGGAAGGAAAUAGAUGGGUUCCUAUACUUUUCUCUGGUUGUUUGGUUGGUGGUCCUCAUGUCAAAUUCUCUUGUAGCUUGUUUCAGUGCUCUGGUGCCAAAUUUCAUCCUGGGAACGUCAGUGAUUGCAGGGUUAAUGGGUUCUUUCUUUCUAUUUUCAGGGUAUUUCAUAUCAAAGGGAAACAUACCCAGAUACUGGAUUUUCAUGCACUAUAUAAGUCUAUUCAAGUACCCAUUCGAGUGUUUUAUGAUAAAUGAAUAUGGAGGAAAACAAGGGAAAGCCAGAUGCCUAGAGAAUAGGAAUGGAGAAUGCAGUUUAUCUGGAGAUGAGUUCUUAAGACAGCAAGGUCUGAGAGAGUCCCAAAGAUGGAGUAAUUUGGCUGUGAUAUUGAGUUUCAUAAUUGGGUAUAGAGUGCUAUGCUUUUUGAUUCUGUGGUAUAGAUGCCACAGAACUAGAAAAUAAUAGAUCAGCUUCAUAAGGAAUAGGUACUUUCCCCAGAUUAUUUUAUAUUUCUUCCUUACCACCAAGAAUGAAUACUUAUGAUAGGGUUAGAAUAAUUUAUGUUUGUAUAUUGUAUGCAAA